AUGUUCCGCCGCUUCACAAACCGUCGAUGGCUCUUUGCCAUCUUCAUGCUAGCAUUGCUAUCCCUUUUCACAGUUUAUUUCCCACAACUAGACUCGAUUAACAUUAAUACUAGCGAAGAAGCCGACCAGCCAGCCCAUUCUAAUGCAAUCAAUGGCGCUACAAGCCCUUCGAGCUCGCGCUCGCCUACACGACCCUUGCAAUCCGCACAUGCAAUAAGCGGCUACACUCGCACAAUCGUGGUCGCGAAGCUCAAAGCGGAGGAUACCACUUGGGUCGACAGCCUAGUCAAAUCCGACCGAAGCAUCACCCCCGCAGUUUAUGUUGUGGAUGAUCCUCAGGCGGACCUAUUCGUUAUCAAAAACAAGGGCCACGAGCUGAUGCCGUACCUGACCUACAUCAUCGACAACUACGAGAAUCUACCGAACGUCACCAUCUUCAUGCACGCGCACAAUGCGACAUGGCACAACAAUGAUUUUUUCAACUUGAGUUCCGAAACGAUGGUGAGCCAACUGAAGAUCGAGCACGUCAUUCGCGAAGGGUACAUGAAUCUCCGGUGUAAACAUGAACCGGGGUGUCCAAAUCACAUCCAUCCCACUGUCGAGGAUGAAGGAGAUAUCCGCGCGAUUCCCGAGGCAGCUGUAUUCGGCCGCGCAUGGAAGGAAUUGUUCCCCACUGAACCUGUCCCUGUGGCCCUUGCGCAACCUUGCUGCAGUCAGUUUGCGGUGAGCUCAGAGCGGAUUCGUGCAAUUCCUCUUCCACAGUACGUUUUUUGGCGUGACUGGGUGCUCCGUACCACUUUACCAGACCGGUUAACAGGGCGGGUAUGGGAGUACCUAUGGCAGUAUAUAUUCACUGGCAAAGCAGUUGUUUGUCCUGAUGAACGCAUCUGCGCUUGUCAAGGCUACGGAAUAUGCUCGCGCGAGAACGUGUGA